AUGUCUGAACAGCGCAAGCCUGAAUUGGGCCACUCGCAUAGUCAUGCUGGGGUUUCAUCUAAUGGGAACGCUCCCUCUGAGCAUGGGCGUCGUGUAUUUAGUGUGGACGACGAUCCGGACGAGGUCCAGAAAGAUAUUAGGUAUCUCGAAGGUCUGCAGGAUGGGUUGCGAAUCGCUUUGAAGGAUAAGAAGUCGCUGUUGCAUCUUCAACCGACGAGGUCAGCGCCACCAGUGAACCAGGAUGGGCAAAGGCAGCACUCCUCAUCUGUAUCUCAAAGGCAGACGCCAUCGCCCGCGGACCCGCAGGGACCUUUGGGUCCACCGGGCUCCAUCGUUGAAACGUUAGACUCCCAGAAAACUGUACGCCAAAAGGAUGCGGGCAAUGCAAACUCCAAGAGACCGUGCAGGCCAAAGUUGAAUGUCCAUAGAAGUUUGUCGAAACUCGCAGGUUUGACUACACCGGAUUCGGGACUCGGGUUUGAUUUCGCAAACAGUGGAGCCAAGAACGGUGGGGCCCAUGCUGGAGGGUCUAGUCUCGACCACUACGUCCUCCACCAAUCCCUGGACAGUCCAGACCAAGAUGUCACUAUCGAGGAAUUGGUCUCGCCGCACGACUCGGACCUCGAGGACGCUGGAGACAGAGUUUCCUCCGCCUCGUCCCUCGAGUCUUACACUUUGCGGGAAAGACAGGAUGCCAUUAACAAGACACACCCGUUCGGUAUCAGAAUUUGGAAACCGGCACUGUACAAGAAGAUGAGAUCCGUGCAGAGGGCAGCUGCUGAAGAUAUCCAUGAAACCAAUUUCAAGCAAAUCGACUGGUCAGUACAUUUAACAAACUGGAUAUGGUCCCUGACAUCGGGACUUUUCCUGUGCUCGCUGUUCACCAUUGCUGGGAUACUUGUUUGUACGCUCGGUCUUUUCACUAAAUCGGCAAGAGACUACUCAAUGGUGUUCUUUAAGCUCGCACGGUACCUGUUGUCGCCCUUCGGGAAAGUGGUUUACAUGAACCCGGAUGAAAAUUACCUGCAAGAGGAUAGAGAUGAAGGUAUUAGCGUCCAGCAGUUCUAUAAAUGGGUCACAUCGUACAGCAACAAACUUUUUUUCCAUCAAUCGCAAACCAUCGCAUCCCACUCAAAUAAUCCGCACCCGUCAUACGGCUCUAUUCAAAAUUUUAUGACAAGCCAGAGACCCUCGCUGGGGGACAACGAGCGUUUGACGGAAGAACAACGCGAGGCAUUGAAUACCAGCCAAAGAAGAUACUUCGGUAGAGGUAAGUGGACCAUUGGGAGAAUCUACUUCUACGUUCUCUUCCACCUUAUUUUGGAACCUGUGAUCCUAGUGCUAUCCCUUCUGUUAUGGCUCGUGGUGUUCACGAUUCCAAUGAGUAACAUUUUGUGGAAUUUGCUAUACCACUUGAGGAAACAUCCACUGGCACUGGGUUUCAAAAACAUCUCAAACACUAACAGGAACGAUACUGCUGUGAGAAUAGACGAGAGUAAGAACAUUUUACUGUGCACAUUCCGUUGCGCAGGAUGGCACUACUACAAAUUUACCGUAGACGGAACAAACGUCAUAGUGGUGAACUUGAUAUCUUUGGUCUUCUUCACAAUAUGUGACUUCUACCUGGUGAAAAAAUAUCUUGGGUGUUCGUCAUGGCUGAGUAACGAAUCGACGAUUUUCACCCUCUGUUUAAUCUCUAUCAUUCCACUGGCCUUCUACAUUGGUCAAGCUGUGGCAUCCAUCUCAGCACAAACCUCAAUGGGUGUAGGUGCCGUAAUAAACGCGUUCUUCUCGACAAUUGUAGAAGUUUACCUAUACUGUGUGGCGCUAAACCAAAGAAAAGGUUUGCUUGUCGAAGGUUCCAUGAUUGGGUCUGUGCUGGGUGCAGUAUUACUACUUCCAGGCCUCUCCAUGUGUGGAGGCGCCUUGAAUAGAAAGACGCAACGGUACAACCCAGCGAGUGCAGGUGUAUCUUCCGCGUUGUUGAUCUUUUCCAUGAUUGUCAUGUUUGUCCCAACUAUCUUAUAUGAGAUAUACGGUGGCUACACCGUUAAAUGCAGAGACGAAGAGAACGCAUUGGGACUAUCCGUCAGUAGUGUCGCUAAAGCGAUCACGUACGAGCACUGUUAUUUUACUAGGCCAGCUUUGAAACACAAUAAACUGUUUACUCACAUCAUCCAACCAAUGUCUGUUUCGUGUGCAGUUGUCCUCUUCUUGGCAUAUGCAAUUGGUUUGUGGUUUACUUUGAGAACGCAUGCCAAGAUGAUUUGGGAAUUGCCAAUUGGUGAUGCCUCAAAGGACGCUAAUGACAAUCAACAGGAAGGAAAUCAACAACCCGCCGGGGAAGAGGAGAACAAUGGCGGUCACGACGCACCUAAUUGGUCGCGAUCCAAAUCCACUUGGAUUCUACUCGUGGCAACACUACUGUACGCCAUUAUAGCAGAAAUUUUGGUUGCCUGUGUGGACUCAGUGUUAGAGGAUUUCCCCUCUUUAAAUCCCAAAUUCCUCGGGUUGACUAUUUUUGCGCUAGUCCCCAACACCACGGAGUUCUUGAACGCCAUCUCGUUUGCCAUUCAUGGGAAUGUUGCCCUCUCGAUGGAAAUUGGGUCUGCUUAUGCAUUACAGGUUUGCCUCCUACAGAUCCCAGCAUUAGUGCUGUACUCAAUCAUGUACACCUGGAACAAAGAACCUUCUAGUAUCAGUAUCAGAGAGCAGAUGUUUCCAAUGGUGUUCCCCACGUGGGAUCUGAUUGGAACUAUGGCAAGCAUUUUCAUGUUUACUUACCUAUACGCUGAGGGGAAGUCUAAUUAUUUCAAGGGUUCCGUGUUGAUCCUCAUGUACAUCAUCAUUAUCUUUGGGUUCUAUUCCCAGGGCGUGAUUAAGGACAUAAUUUGA